AUGGCGGCCGGAAAACCCAAAAAGGGCAAAAUGGCCCCCGUGCACUUCUUCUCCCACGGCUCGACCAUGAUGCUGGGAGAGGAGCACUCCUCGGCCAAGUACUGGGAGAAGAUGGGCGACCUGGCCCUGGCAAACGGCCUCGAGCAUGUGGUCAUGAUGGGCGCUCACUGGGCGACAACAUACGAGGGCAUCUACAUCUCGGCCCACCCGAACCCGGGCAAGUCGCCCGUCGCAUACGUGCACCCGUCAAAGUACGAGAACUACAAGCUCAACCCGGACCUGGCCAUGGUGCCCGUGAUCCAGAAGCACCUCGCGGACGCGGGGAUCCCCUCGCGGCCCGACCCGGCCUUCGACUGGAUCCACGACACGUACCUGGUGCUGAUCCGCAUGUUCCCCCGCGGCUGCCCGCCCACCACCAUCGUCUCGGCCCAGCACAGGUACGACCCGCACUUCCACAUGUCCGUCGGCGCCGCCCUCCGGCCCCUGCGCGACUGGGACGCCCACAAGACCCUCUUCAUCGGCUCCGGCGGCGCCGUCCACAACCUCUACCGCAACGUCUGGGGCCCCAUGCUGCGCUACCGCGACAACUUUGCCCAGCCCACCCCGCCCGCCGCCUGGGCCAUGGACUUCCGCCAGGAGGUCAUCGACGCCUUCGUCGCCGGCAACAGCGCACAGACCACCGUCGACGACGCUGCCUACGGCACCCUGCUGCGGAAUGGGAAGGGCGCGGUGGGCAAGGGCAGCCGCGGCGUCGGCGGCCCGCGCCUGAGGAGGAAGAUGACCGCCCUGAUGAAGCACCCCAUGUACCGCGAGGCCCACGCUACCGACGACCACUUCCUGUCGUCCCUGUGGGUCGCCGGCCUGUGCGGCGCCAAGGGCGACGAGGACAUGAGGGGGGAGCUGGGCGCCGAGGACUGGGAGCUGACCAACAUGUGUAACUCGCAGUUCACGCUCGGGAGUUGGGACGAUGAUGACUGA